CAUAAAUAGUCUGUACAACAACACAGUUAUCGAACUCUCUCAAUUGUUUGGAUUUUACGCAUUUAUUUCUUCUACUACUACAUUGUUCGUUUCUUCACUUCUUUCACUUCCUUUCUUUUUUCUUCUUUUACCGUACUGGAAUCGUGUUCUUAACAGUUGCUUACGAAUUGUUCGACGAAAUGCCUAAACGAUGACACCAACUCUGUACACAAAACCGCACUGUUUUUACUCUUUUUUAAGUUUCCCUUCUAAACCCUUUAAUCUUGUUGUACUAAACCCAAGAAACAGACUUCAUUUCAAGAGAAAAACUGGGGUUUUUGAGUCAUUUGAUCUUGUUUUGGGUAAAGAAAUGUGUUCUUUGAAGUUUCUUGAUUUAAGAAAGGAAAAGGUGCAUAGUUUGUGUUGUUGUUGCUGUGGAAAUGGGUUGGAAAGUGAAGAGGAUAUGAAGUUAGAAGGGGAAAUAUUAGCUUUUAUGGAGAAAUCUGAGAACCCAAAUGCAUUUCCAACUAAGAAAGAUUUGGAAAAAGCAGGAAGAUUUGAUUUGAUUGAGGCAAUAAAGAAUAGGGGUGGUUGGUAUUCAUUUGGUUGGGACUUGGAAAAAGUUGACCAAGAAAAUGUUCAUAAAGAUGAGGAAAUGGAUUUGGAUAUUGAGGAGUUACAAAGAAGAGUUGAGAAAUAUCAAGAAAAUGAAGAUUCUGAUUGUGAUUUUUCGUUUCGGAAUUCUUCUCAGACAGCUUCCUCCUCUGGUAGAUCAUUAGAAGUUGCAGUUGAGGAAGAUAGUGGGAUUGAAGGGAUACUGAAUCGAUUAGAGAUAGAGAGGAUCUCGUCUCUUGGUAUUAAUACGAGCAAAUAUGGAUAUGGAGCUAAUCAUUCAAGUAGGGAUAACAUUGAUGACAGAAACUCUGGAACCACUACUACAGACAGGACAGACCUGGGGAAAAAUGGAAGCCUCACAACAUGUAGCCCCAAGAAAGGCGGUUUAAGUGAUCCAGGAGGGCAGCUUAACCACGAAUACACGUCAGAUAAUUGGAGAGCAUGGAUCACUCAACGUGCAUGCCCUGAGGGCACAGAGUUUGAAGUUGGUGAGAUAGAUUUUGAUGGAGGUAAAGCUGAAACUUCAAGAGAUGAUAUAUUUACCAUCAAAGAGAAUAGCGAUGAAGCUCCAGAAAGAUGGAUAUAUAACAACCAUAAUGAUGUAAGAACUCGUCUUCAGCAUUUAGAGCUUGAGCUAUCCUCAACCCUUAGCGCCCUCAGAUCCAAGAGCCCGGACUUCAGUUCAAAGGAGGUUCUUGGCGGAUCCCCUAGUGAUUUGCAGAAACUUUCUGAUGCACGGGAGUUCCAGGAGAAUGAUGUCAUAAAUGCUCAGAAGAGAUUGCGGUCCAUACGUGCAAAACUUGUAAUACUUGAGGGGAAAAUGGCAUUAGCAUUGAGUGAUGCAGAUAAGGUGCUGCAAGAUAAGCAGAAGAGGAUUGAUGGUGCUAGGAAAUCUUUACAGCUUCUUCGUACUACUCGGGUUGAUUGGCAUAACUCUGCCUCAGAGGUUCUUCUAACAGGCUCGUUUGAUGGAUGGACAACUCAGAGGAAGAUGGAGAAAUUGUCCACUGGUGUUUUUUCUGUAAGCCUAAUGUUGUAUCCAGGCAGUUAUGAGAUCAAAUUCAUUGUUGAUGGGAUAUGGAAGGUUGAUCCUUUGAGGCCCGUUGUUCACAGCAAUGGACAUGAAAAUAAUCUUCUCAUUGUCACGUAACAGCAAGUCGCAGAAAAGUUACUCUAGGAACUCAAAGACUAUCAACUGAUCCUACGUGGUUAAGGGACCGACUCUGUAUUGUUGUCUUGUAAUCACUCCAAGCAGCGAAUGUUGCUAAAGAAUAUAAUUGAUCAUGUAAUAGUAGGUUCCCUAGUAGAAUUUUGUAGUUUCCUUCCAUUCUUUGACACAUAACUGGUAUAGAAUCUGAUUACUGGCAAUGUAAAGUUAGCAUAUGUUCAACUGCCAAACAUCUGAGCUGAUUUGGAUUAUUCUUUGAAGGUGGUGAUAUUCUUUUGUG